GUGACAACUUUUGAAUUAACCCAGAGUGCCGAGUUUCCUAAAAACAACCAAUUGUUUAUUUUGGGCUUUAUUCUCCCCAUCAUAAAACAGAUGAAUUAAUAACACGGUAACUUCUGGCCAAGAGUUUGAAAUUCCUUAGUGACCGUGUCAGUCUGUGGGUCUUAUGUUGGUGUAUGUAUGACGACAAGUUUAUCGCUUUUAAACAGGUCAAAUAGUCCGAUUAGAAAUUGAAUACGAGUUGGAUCGGGUCUAAGUAGUCGAGAACAUUAUCCGAAUUGCCCUCGGCGAAGCAGAAUGUCAGAGGAGGCCCUUAACUUCAAACAAGAUCCUGUUCAUCACAAGUUUGACAUCGGGGAUGAAAUUGGCAGUGGUCAAUUUGCUGUUGUAAAAAAAUGCUCGGAAAAAUCCUCCGGGCUGGAAUUCGCGGCGAAAUUUAUGAAAAAGCGCAGAUCGAAGGCGCUUCGACGUGGAGUAACCCUGGAACAAAUCAUACGAGAAGCUACGGUGUUACGCUCUGUUGCCCACCAGGGGAUCAUAUAUCUACACGAUAUCUACGAAACUAAAAUGGAAUUUGUACUCAUAUUAGAGCUAUUGUCUGGCGGGGAGCUAUUUGAGUUUCUAAGCGAGCAGGAUUUUUUGACGGAAGAUGAGGCAGUGGGAUUUUUAAUUCAGGUUAUCCGUGCGAUAGAGUACCUCCACGAUCUGUCUAUAGUUCACUUGGAUAUUAAGCCUGAAAACAUUGUACUGAAGAACAGAACCAGGCCCCUACAUCUUAAACUGAUUGACUUUGGAUUAGCGAGAAAAAUCAGCAAAGGGGAGCCUGUCAGGGAAAUGAUGGGGACGCCGGAGUUUGUAGCCCCAGAGAUAAUCGACUUCGAGGUUGUUGGCUUCCCUACCGACAUGUGGUCAAUCGGAGUUUUGACGUACAUCAUGUUGAGUGGAGCGUCUCCCUUCCUUGGCGAUGAUAACAACGAGACUUUCAGCAAUAUCUCGCACGUGGAUUACGAGUUUGACGACGAGUACUUCAAGGAAAUCAGCCAACCUGCCAAGGACUUUAUAGAAGGCUUGCUUAUCAAGAAACCAAGUGAUCGGAUGACGGCUAAGGAGUGUCUAGCACAUGAGUGGCUGGAGGAGGAGGUAUCCGCCGAAGUCACCACCCGAGAAGCAACUCCAUCUACAACCAAGCUAAAGCGCCGAUCGACCAUGAUUAAGACAGACGCAUUCAAGGCGUUUACUGCACGUGCCCGGUGGAAGAAAUCCUUCAAUAAGGUCAUCGCGGUCAGUCGCAUUGCUAUGCUCGGGCGCAAAAACGGUCCGCUGGCCAAAGAACUGAUGUUACAGAACACUGAAUCCGACUCAGAUACCGAUUCAAUCCCGAGUCCUCCGCCCGAUGUACCAAAACAGUCAUCUCCACCAUUGGAUGCGGAAAUGCUACGAAGUGUUCCCGACGAGAGUCCGACAAACUUGAAGUCUCCUGCAAUGGAUAAAGCUCACAUUGAAGGUCAACCUGGUAAAGAACAGGCCGAGGGAAUCGAUUUGGAGCCAACCCCGAGAAGUAACGAAGGAGAAAUGAUCGAAGCCCGUCGGGAUGAUCUCGCCGACAAAGAAAGGCUACCUUCUCAUUCCGAAUUAUCUCCGAAAUCCGAACGUGCGAAUAACGAAGUAGUAUCGACUGAUAAGGACGGUCGCGGGGCCCCCGUUUCUCCAAGCUCGCUUGGGUUGUAUAGAUCUUCGGAAAGUGCGGAUGAGGAUAAAGUAGGAUUGCUCACACGCAAGCGCAAUGAGUCCAUGAAGCGGCUUAAGGAAAAGGCUAAAGUUGACCUUGACCUUAUUACUGAGGAUAUAGAGAUCGAGGAGAGUGAUGUGGAGCCUGGUGACGAGCCGAACCGACUGGAUCUCAGCUCCGCUAUUGUGAGAGAGAACAAGAAACUUACAAGCACUAGAAGCAGUUUGAAUAAUGAAGUCAAGUCUCAGAAGAAUUCUGUUGAUUUGAGCCUAUUAAGGAAUGACACCUCGACACCUGGGUUAUCUUCUGCUGGAAGCAAACAAAAGGGCACGAAACGUGACGAAAGAGUAUUGAAAGAAUUGGAAAAUGAAGGGAUCAAGCCGAUGCCAUUGCUGACAGAGACACCGUCGUUUGUGACCUUAACUCAAGAAAAGUCCUGGGAGAAAAUUAGCGAGCCAGGUUUUGAGGUAACGUGGGACAAAACACGCACAAAACAAGAUGAUUAUAACAAAACGCCCUCACCCGAGAACGAUCCUAGUCAAGACAACAUAAAGGUAUUGGUUACGAGAAGACCCCGAAGACCUUCUGAUUCCUUGACGAAUGAGGAGAUAAACAUAAAUGCGACAUCAACGACAGUGUCCCGGACAAUAUCCAGAAAGUUUUCCGAUUCAUUAACGGAUGAUGACAAGAAGGUAAAAGAUGUUUCACCGACAGCGCCCCGGAGAAGAUCCCGAAAACUUUCCGAUUCAUCCAUAGAAGAGAACACAGCAGUAGAGACCUUCCCGAUAGGACCACGAAGCGUAUCCGGGCCACAGGAGAAGAAAGAGGACGUGUUUACGCUGAUUGACGAGCUCGUUCCUGUGAUGGUAACGCUCCGAGAGAAGGCUGAUGAAGCGCACGUUAAAGAAGAAAAAGUCAAAAGGCGUUUUAGCAUCGAGGACGAUGAAGAUGUAUUCGACAGGCGCGCGGAUAAUACGCUGCCAAGACGUAGGAGCUUCAGAAAGACGAGACACCACAGUAAGCCAGAGGAUAAUUUACCUGAGGUCAAAAGCGAGGAGGAUAGAACUGGACAAGAAUGGGAAGGACAUGUGUGUGACAAGGAGCCUGAGGGUAAACGUGACAAUCAAGGAUACAAGAUGAAAUUGCGUGACGAUGCCGUGUGGAUUAAAAAGCCUGAGGAAACCAGAAGAAAACGGGUGGGGUCAGCAGGGUCAACGGAUUCUGAUCUGGGAUUUCCCAAACCAAGCAGCACAACUUGGUCAAAACCCGAUGUAAACAAAACAAAGUCAGCUCUAAAUUAUGAUAGUCCUUCUGAUAAAAGAUGGAUUAAGAAUGGUCGUGUGAAAUCACCACUUGGUGGCGACAGUUUGAAAACGAAUGAAAUGCCAGAGAGGAGCGCUGGAGUUGUCACUCCGCUAGUUGGCGCCGGCAAGUCCGGGCUCAAGCUCUUUCUGGACCGAUCGUCACCUUUGCGGUCUAGUGAUAGAUCCGCUGAUAGAACUUCCCGCUUUAACAGGGUCUUGCAGGAGCCUAGAAAAGGAGAUGUUAGUGAUAAAGAUGGCGGUAUUGGGGUGCGUCUAAGGAAAGACUCCGACAAUAACAUCUCCUUGGACUUCUACGAGGCUGAUUUAGAAGAAAAACUCGAGAAUCCACAAAAUUGGACCAGGGACUCUUCAAACAAGAAUAGAAAACUUAGCUUGAAAAGCUCGGGGUCUAUAGACUUAACCGAAGACGAGAAAGAACUCCGAGAAGUAGACUUGACGAAUCGUCGAGCGAGCUUUGAGGAUAGCAAAGCUUGGGACCGCACGGAUGCUGAGAAGGAGAAUAGAAAGGAGGACUCUUCACAGCUACUUGAAUCUGAGAUGGACGCCGAGACCAUUAGGCCACAAAGACAAAUCUCAAAAGGAGUCGAUAAAUGGUACAAGGGAGGCCUGGGGCUGGGCCGCUUCCGUAAGAGCCAGCGAUCCAGGUCUGAACAUUUCGAGGCCGAGGCUGAGGCAAAAGAUGACGAGAAACAGCGCAAGAUCAGCGCCCCUGUGGUCUCCGUGAAUACGUCCGUUAAUUUGAAAAUAUCCCAGGGUCACACGCGUGUGGAUGACUCAGGAAGUAGAGCUCAAGGAGCAGGCUUGGCUGACAAGCCGCGCAUGAGCAGAGCAGACAUCGUAUGUAGGGGACGACGGUCAAAGUCAGCGGAAAGACUAAGAGGCAUGCGCUUGGACGAGAGUAAUGCGGAAGAGAAUAGAAAGAAAAAGAUCAGUCCCGAAAUAGACUCUAAACUGAAAACGAGACUGAAAAGCACAUUUGCUAACGCCAGAAAUAAGUUUUCUUAGAACUGAGGAUCAAAAUCAAGUAUUUCUAACGUAAGACAUUUUACGACUUGUUUCUAAAUUUUGAUAUCACCCAUCCAGGAUACUCGAGACUCCUCCAAGCUUACACUUACACACUAUGCCACGUAGCUGUUUGGCUUAGUAAACGCGUGAAUCCUGCUCCCUUAGAUCAUUUCGUUCAAUACCAUAUUUUUGUAUAUGUAUUUUUCUUCAUUUUGUAUCGAUAGCUCUUAAAUUUGAUGUAAAUAAAAUCAAAAGAAUACAGAUAA